UGCUAGUUCCGUUCCGCGUGAGCCAUUUCCUUUGACUUAUCGCACUACGUUCGCCCAGUCUGGGUUUUAAGCGGGCCGAGGCAGAACGUGUGUCCUUCCUUUGCUUUUAUCGCGCAGUGUAGCAAAAAGUAUUCAUUCUUAAUAUUUCGCGCGCUUUGCUUCAUUUCAAAAAUAGAACAGUGUAUUUUGUGUUUCAAAUCUUUACUUUUCAAAUUAGAUUUUUAUUUAAAGGUAAAAAUGUGUUUGUGUUAUUAAAUUGUUAGUUGUAAACUAUUUUGUGGUGAUUUUAAAAUAAUAGUGUUAAAAGAAAAUGUCUACAUUAUUGAAGAACGUGACCAAUUGCAUCUGGCAUGCCUUUGACUCGUUGCAAAGCAAAGACGUUGUUCACAAGUCAAAAUUAAAGGUUCUAACCGCAAACAUUGGGACCUUACUGGACCUCUAUGGUGUAGAAAAAGGGCUGGACCACUUCAAAUCAUCACAGGAGCUCACCUUCGAUGAAUUUCGGUACUACUUACAACAUGAGGUCUUCAGCUCGCUGCCGAAGUCCGCCACCUUACCAAUAGUCAGGGACUAUGAGAAAAAGAUCAGUGAGGUAUGUUGGCUGAUCUGCCGUAAAAGUCUACUGGGUCGGGAUAAAAGUGUGUUCAGCGAUGACUCCGUGUUCAAACUGUUCAGGAUCUUCUGCCUGCUCGGAGAUCUGGUGCAAGAUGCUGAUGACUCCAAGCAUUAUAUGGUGGUACUCCAACCAUCAGAAGCGGGUAUAGUAGCUGAACAGCUAGUACAUUGCCUUGGACUCCGAUGGGACACAGCUGACUGGGAAGCCCUCGGUUCAUCCAUAGGACACUUCAAAUGGGCAGCUUUCCUCGCCGUGUUGGAAGCUAAAUAUUGUGGAGACCAACAAGUGCACCCAGAGGCACUAGUCGAAGCCGUGGAUGAGAUAUACGACGUCUUUAUUGAAGAUAUUAUAAAGAAGGGUUAUCUAUUCAAACGCGGUUAUCUCCUACCCACAAUGCGGGAGUAUUGGUGUGUCCUCCAGCCUUGUGCUCUCACUUACUACAAGAGCUCUUCGCAGAAGGAGCAGUGUGGUCGAGUUCCUAUCGACGAGUACUGCUCAGUAGAGGCAGCUGCAGGAGAAGGCAAGAUACAACGGUUCCAACUCAUCACACCUGAUAGGACAUUUGAAUUUGGGACUCAAGAUCAUAAGAGUCGUCUACAAUGGAUAUCAGCUUUGCGGCAAGCGGCGGCAGUAUCAGGUGGAGUAGAAGGCUACCAACGUCGAGCGCGGGCUAUAAGACGGGGUGCUGGAGCGAGGAGAGAGCGAGAGGUCAGGGAGACACGGGCUCGGCUGCAGCACGAGGUGAAGGCCAGACUCGCUGCUGAGGCACAGGCACAGGAACUGGUAGAACUAGCACAACAAGACAAUAAGAAAUUAGAAGAACUGAAAAAUGCACAAGUGGAACUUGAAAAGCUUUUACAGGAAGAGACUCAAGCUAAACGAGACGAAGAAAUUGUAAGAGCAUUACAAGCUAGAGUAUUAGCAGAAGAAUGGGAGAGACGUGAAGAAUUGGAAAGACUUCAAGAAGAACAGAACAAAAUGCUAGAAGAAGAAAGAUUGAAACGACAGCAGUUUGAAAAAUUACAAGCUGAGAAAGAAACACAAUUUAGAGAAGCAGAAAAGCGUCUAAAGGAGCUCGAAGAAGAGAAACAGCGGCUAGACGCUGAACUGAAAGCAGCUCAAGAUAAAAUAUCUAAGACUGAGUACACGGCACAGGCGUUGCAGGUACAACUGAGAGACAUCAACCCAGUAUUCCGUAACGGAGAGAGAGCCCGCCGUGCAUUGUCUUUCGUCCCGACCACGAAGAGUUCUUCCGACACACUCAUCGACGUCCGAGCCAUACGACAUCUCAAGAUCCUCGACGAUGAGGAGAAAUUAUGAUCUGAUUCAUAAAGAACAUUAAAAUUUAUUAAAUAAAUAAUGCAGCAUUGCCCAUGUUAUAUUCCAUCUAGUUUAGCUUUUUAGGGAAACUUUUAAUAAAGAUUUUGUACACUACGAUACGAUACGAUAUUAGAUCUGCUAAAGGAGUAGUUAGGAGUAAAGUUUCUUGUAUGUGUUAUUGUCUUAUAUAUAUUUUGAAACUAUUCUUGAUCAGUCAGAAUCAUAGUGCUAUAUAAUAUUGUUUAUUAAAAAAAACGUGAAUUAUUGUAUAGUCGAUAAAUUACCAAGUCCAGUUUUGUACUUCAUUAAAAUUUUAAUACCCGACGUACCUAUUUCUAAAUUAAAGCAAGUGCUUUUAGUGAAAUAAAUAAAAUAUACUUCUUGCUUA